AUGCCAAUCACGGAGAACCUCUCCUACCCCACGAUUGCUGGUGCCACCAUGUGUAUACAGGACGCUGAGAAAGAUAUGGAUAAUAGCUCAACAAAUUCAUGGCCUUUGCAUUGUCACCUUUUGCUCACCACCCACAUGGACAAAAAAGGAUCUUUUCUCAGACCUUCAUCAACUGAUGACACCACCAAUAUCACUGUUCGAAGUUCCUAUCCUCUGGAAAGCAUUUCUGAGGACGCGGUGAUUGCAGACAUGAAACAGAACCAGAUGAGUUUAGCCCCGGCUCUUCGGUCUGGAGUUUGGUCUGACAUUGGUGAACGCCCUUACAUGGAAGACACUCACAUAUGCAUUGGAGACUUGGCAAAUAAAUUUAACUAUAAUGCACUUUCUGGGGAUGCUGUUUCCUUUUAUGGUGUAUUUGAUGGGCAUGGAGGGAAGAGUGCUGCACAAUUUGUACGUGAUAAUCUGCCAAGAGUUAUUGUUGAGGAUGUGAACUUUCCUUUGGAGCUUGAGAAGGUGGUCAAAAGGUCAUUUUUGGAGACUGAUGCUGCAUUUCUAAAAUCAUCCUCUGAAGAGCCUUCCCUUUCUUCUGGUACAACUGCUUUGACUGCAAUUAUAUUUGGAAGGUCAUUACUUGUAGCAAAUGUGGGAGAUUGCCGAGCUGUCUUGUCCCGUCAUGGAAGAGCCAUAGAAAUGUCUAAAGAUCAUAGGCCAAACUGUGCCAAUGAAAGGACGCGGGUUGAGUCCCUAGGUGGCUUCAUUGACGAUGGUUACCUGAAUGGUCAGUUAGGUGUCACUCGUGCCAUUGGAGACUGGCACCUUGAAGGAAUGAAGGAAAUGAGUGAAAGAGGAGGACCACUGAGUGCUGAACCUGAACUUAAACUGAUGACACUGACCAAAGAAGAUGAAUUCUUGUUAAUUGCUAGUGAUGGUAUAUGGGAUGUUUUUAGUAGCCAAAAUGCUGUGGAUUUUGCUAGAAGGAGGCUUCAAGAACACAAUGAUGAGAAACUAUGCUGCAAGGAAAUAGUGCAGGAAGCAAUGAAGAGAGCAUCAACAGAUAACCUGACAGUUGUGAUGGUAUGUUUUAACUCAGAUCCUCCACCACCUGUGCUUGUGGAAAGAACACGAGUAAGAAGAAGCAUAUCUGCAGAAGGACUUCAGAAUCUUAAAUGCCUGCUAAAAGAAUAA